CGUUUCCAGAAUGUGCGAGAAGAAACAAACAAUGGGUUGGGUUUGGAACGAAGACGACGAUGAUCAUCAAAACUCCGGUGAAAUCAACGAAUUUCAUGAUUUGAACGGUGGAUCUGAAGCUCGAUGCUCGACGAGGAAGAUUAUCUCUUCGCAGUGCAGCACUGAGGAGGUGGAGCCUGGAAAAUUCAUCAAAAAGUGCGAAAAAACUGAGCAACUUCUUAAGGAUUGCGUUGGAAGGCCGUCUGAGGUGGUGCAAUCUAACAAGGAAUACACAGAAGAAGACGUAACAGAGCAGGUAACAAAAGGUUCUUUACCGAUGCAAUCAUCACCAUUUAAUUUCCCUGGACUACGAAGUGACGUCGAAGCAAUUGAACGUGAUCUGUUUGGCAACAUGGACCGUUUCUUUGAGGCCGCUGAAGAUAUGACAAAAGGGUUGUUCGGUAUGUUUGGGUCUCCUCAUUUAUAUGAUGGAGAUUCUAAAUCCUUUUUUGGGUUUCCUCGUGUUUUUGAUGGAGAUUCGAAACCUACUUUCAAAAGGAGUGUGCCUAUCGAGUCUGAGCCUUCCAAGGUGGUCAAACCAGAUGGUCAUGUUGACCUUUCAGGCUUGGCUAGAGAUGUUUGAAGUAGUGAACUAGUGCUUAUAUUCUAGUCAGAUUUUGGAAUAAACUCUUAACUCAUGGCUACAUGAAAUACAUAUAUUUAUAUUUCUUUAUAUACAUAACUAAUCUUUAAGCUUCUUAUGAACAAUGAUUUUUUUGUCUUU